AUGUAAAUUGACAUUGGUUACUAACCAUGGGAAUAGCAUUUCAUACAAAGAAAAAUAAAUCAAACUUUAUAAUUAAAGGUAAGCAAGGCAAAGCAACGAAGGUAUGUUUUGGUUGAGUUAUUUGUUAUCACAAAAAAACAAUUUGCAAAUAUAUUAUUGAUGUAAUCUUAUUAGGAGGCUCCUUUCUUUUAAAACAAUACAUCCAAGAAAUAAAUUAGAUAUGAAAAUGCUGACAUAUACGGGUAUUUAAUGAGAAUAUAAAAAUAGAAAAUAAUAAUAAAAAAAAUAUCACUACAUUGUACUAGAUUAAGAAAACUCGACUGAAUUUAGUUCGUACUUAGUGAUAAUGACUAAUCAAACCACUCAAUAUAAAUUGGUUAUAAAUAAUUUUUCUGAAAUGCCUUGUCCUAACAAUUGUAACAAUAAUGGGAUUUGUGAGGUAUAAAUAUGUUACAACCAUAGAACGGCGUUUGUAUUUGCAAUCCUGGGUAUUUAGAUCAUGAUUGCUCGGAAAAAGGGUUACAGAUAACUCCAUUUAAGCAGUUUCAAUAGUAAAAAAAUAGUGCAACUGUGAAAUACAUUUGCAUUUGUUUUAACUACACUCUUGGCUUCAAUAUGCUUAUUAAAUUUUCUUAAUAAUGGGAGAAUGUUUCUGAUGUGAGAGUGCAAAUCUUGAUAUCCUAGAAAUACAAUUUACCCUCUGAUGAUAAUAACACUUAUGAUGAAAUUAUAAAUACUACGAAGGUUGGCAAAUAUAAAAUAUUAUCAAAUGUCAAUCCACUUGAUAAUGAAUAAGUGAGUGUUUCAAAUGAAUCCUAUUCUUUGUUAAUAAAAAUAAUAUCUCAAAAUUUAGUACAAUGUUGUAUUUCAAUCGAUUUCUAAGGAUUAGAAUAUUUGGAGGAGGAAACAAUGCUUAAAUUGCUAAUAAUACUUGGCAUAAUUGGUUUUUUCUUAUUAAUUUUUGGGUUUAUUGUAUAUUAUUGUUUUAAACCGAAAUCAACAAAAUAAAAAUUAGAAGGGUAAUAUUAAAUUGCAAAUCAGGGGGAUUUAUAAAAAUUUCCUGAGUGCCCUAUUUGUUUGGAAAAUUUUGAAAUAAAUAAAUUAGCAUUGUUAGCCCGAUUGGAAUGUUAACACAUAUUUCACAUUGAAUGUUUGAAUAUGUGGAAGACUCAUUAGAUCAAUAACACACCUUAUUCAAUUUGUCCUUGUUGUAGGAAGGCUAUAGAGUGA